AAUGGAGAACUUUUAUUCUAGCGAACCGACCCCAAGAUGUCUGCUAACUUGCAAUGGAUGAUCAUCAGAAACAAUUCUUGUUUCUUGUUGAAGCGGAACGACCAGCAAUUCACAACAGAAUUAAAUAAUUUGAAAAACAAGAACAGUUACAGAUUCAACGGUCUCAUUCACAAAAAAACUGUCGGAGUGGAAGCGGAUCCCGAAGGCAAGGGGGUUGUCCUGGUAACCAAGAAAAAAGGAAGUUACAGAAAACCUAAAACAUCUCUUCAUAAAGUGACCUUGAACCGGGGUUGGAGAAGGUCAUUGAGAUCGAUCAGACGUACAGUCCGUAAGAAUCGGUACAGGAAAGACCUGAAGAUGGCAGCAGUGAGACGUGCAAGUGCGAUUUUAAAAAGUCAGAAACCUUCGAAGGCUGCGACUGCAUGAAUUCUUGUCACAUCAUCCUGAAAUAAAUUGUGAUGUAACAAUG